GUCACGUUUAAGGUUGCGGCCCCUUUAAGGAACGCUGGGGAACAAACAGAGACAUCGCAACCGGAAAAGGCGUUACCUUUUGUUUGCCCUGAGUGACGGCCGCGCCGGCCAAUGGAGUGUUCGUUUCUCUGUUAGCGGCCAAUCGGCGUGCAGCUUGGGGAGGGAGUUCCGUUGUCAAGGUGCUGGCGGCUCGGUGGUUGGUAAGUGACAGGCCCCGGCAUGGUGAGCGCACACUCCGGCCGGGUUUAAUGUGACAAAGGCGGCGGCAUGAACGGCUUCAGCACCGAGGAGGACAGCAGGGACGGGCCGCCCGCUCCCACAGCCCCCUUCUUCGGGCAGAUCUGCUGCCUGAUAGACGGCGGGGAGCGCUGUGCGCGGCCGGCGGGGAACGCGUCCUUCAGCAAGAGGGUCCAGAAGAGCAUCUCCCAGAAAAAACUCAAACUGGACAUCGACAAGAGUGUGAGUGAGCUCCACCGCGGGCACCGGCACACAGAGACACAGAGAGAGACACACACAAAGAGAGACAGACACACACACAGAGACACAGACACACAGUAUGUGCCCAGCAAUGACAACAAAGGGGGGGGAAAUGAAGGGGUAGAUAUAUUUCAAUUACCCCCUUUUUUUUUUUCCUUCUUUUUUUAAAAUGUUGAUAAAGACUCCUCCAUGUCUUCAUAGAAUACACAUUAAUAUCUACAGAUAUAUAAACUACAAAUAGCGUAAUACAGUAAAAAAAAAUUAAAUAAUUGGGACAGACUUGUUGUUCUGUAAAGUUCCUGUCUCCAUUCUGCACUCAGCAAUAAUUCAAUACAUUUGUUGCGGGUGCAUUGUAAAGGGAAUGGCAGGUUAUAGUUUGAAAUAACCCAACUGGAAAUCACUGCUGACUAGGACAUGGUUGUUUGUUUUUACAUUAUUAUUUUGGGCUAAGAUUUGGCAUUCCCUUUGAAUUCACAUUUUAGUAAAUAGCUCUGCUAGUAUCUCGGUCUUACAAUGAUGCCGCUGUAAUACGUGCAUUGGGUUCUUCACUGAUUUCAGAAUUGCAGAGAAUUGAAAUUCAGACUGCAGAUUUUAGAGAAGCAUAACUGAUUUGGAUACAUUCUCCUACUCCUCUAUAGACAGUUUGGUUUUAUUAGCCUCACAUUUACAAUUCAAAUUUAGUUUGCUAAAACUCAUAGUUCAGUUAUUCUCACAGUUUUACAGACCUGCUGCAACGCUAAAACUUUAGUGCUGGGAUUAACCCAGUGGAUCAGGACCUACAUUUGAGACUAUUUUGCUCAUUUAGUUUGUUACUAGUUGAAACAGGCACACUCCGUAAUCCGUCCUCAAGACAGCUCACAGUAAAUUUGGUUUCUUUAAGGUCUCUGCUUUCUCCCAUUUCAAUAGGCCACACUGAUACAGUGAAGAGGCUUAUUAUUAUUAUUAUUAUUAUUAUUAUUAUUGCCAUUUAUAUAGCGCCAACAGAUUCCGUAGCGCUUUACAAUAUUUUGAGAGGGGGGAUGUAACAAUAAAUAGGACAAUUACAAGAAAACUUACAGGAACAAUAGGUUGAAGAGGACCCUGCUCAAACGAGCUUACAGACUAUAGGAGGUGGGGUAUUAGAAACAUUAGGACAAGAAAUAUCAAGUAGGAGUGAAGCAGAGCUGGAGGAGAGAGCAAAGCACUGUCCCAUAGGAAAGAGCAGGAGACAGGUAUGUAAGGUUGAGAUUACUCUGGGAGGCCAUAAGCUUUCCUGAAGAGAUGGGUUUUAAGGCCCUUCUUAAAUGAUUGAAGACUAGGGGAGAGUCUGAUGGCAGUAGGCAAGCUAUUCCAUAGGAGAGGUCCUGCAAGCGCGAGUUGGCCGUACGGGUGCGAGCAGCUGUCAGGAGGUGGUCACGGGCAGAGCAGAGGGUAUGAGGAGGGGCAUAUCUGUGGAUUAGUGAAGAGAUAUAAGUGGGGCUAGAAUUGUUCAGUGCUUUAAAUGUAUGGGUUAGCACUUUGAAUUGACUCCUAUAGCAUACAGGGAGCCAAUGUAAGGACUGGCAGAGGGGUGAGGUGUGAGAGGACCGACUAGAGAGGAAAAUCAGUCUAGCUGCAGCAUUCAUUACAGACUGUAGCAGGGCAAUACGGCUUUUGGGGAGACCAAUCAGGAGAGGGUUACAGUAAUCCAUGCGGGAAAUUACUAGAGCAUGGACAAGCUCCUUGGUAGCAUCUUGCGUAAGAAAGGGGCGAAUGCGGGCUAUGUUUUUGAGUUGGAACCUACAGGACUUGGCAACAAACUGGAUGUGAGACUCAAAGGUGAGACCAGAGUCAAGUAUGACGCCGAGACAGCGUGCUUGCAGGGAUGGACUUAUGUGGAUAUCACUGACUUGAAGGGAGAGCGAGAGAGGAGAGAGGAGGAAAGACAAGGAGUUCAGUUUUAGAGAGGUUAAGUUUCAGAAAGCGUGAGGACAUCCAGUCAGAGAUGGAAGAAAGGCAAGCAGUGACACGUGGCAGGGGAGAGGUCCGGGGAGGAGAGGUAUAUCUGAGUGUCAUCAGCGUACAGGUGGUAGUGGAAUCCAAAAGAGGCAAUAUGUUUACCAAGAGAAGCAGUAAAAAGAGAAAAUAGAAGGGGACCAAGGACAGACCUUUGGGGAACUCCAACCGAGACAGGACGAGGGGAGGAGGUAUCUUUGGAAAAGGAGACACUGAAUGAGCGUUGGGAGAGAUAGGAGGAAAACCAAGAGAGGACAGAGUCAUAGAGACCAAGCGAUUGAAGAGUUUGAAGGAGGAGAGCAUGAUCAACGGUGUCAAAGGCAGCAGAGAGGUCAAGGAGAAUUAAUAUGGAGUAGUGACAUAAUAGUUUUCUUUAUUAACAUAACUGUUUUUUUAAAAAAAAGUAACUGAGGUAAUUUUUAAAAUUAAAGAAUGGAAUGCCCAGAUGUUAUGUACAUAAUUGAAGUUCCUGUCAGAAAAAGUUAAAAAUCACUUUUAAACCAUCCUUUCAUAUGCAGUACCCACAGGGCCAGAUUUAUAUCACAUGCACCCAUGGGCAUAGAAUUCUCAUGCACCUUCCAUUCCAAACUAAUAAAACCAAAACUUGAGUUUUUGAAUUAUAAAAAUGUGUAUACACCUCCACACACGUAGAGUGUGUGUUUGUAACAGUGUUGGUAAAUGUAUGUAUGUGUAGCUGUGUGUCUGUGUACAUGUAAUUUCUGAGUGGCUCAUUCUUACCCAAGUCCUUCCCCCUUCUCCUGGCAAGUCUUUUCCCCUCUCGCUCUUGCACAUCACUGUGUUCAGUCUGAGGGGACGAGGCCAUGCUCAUAUCAUGCUCCCUCUGACUUUUUAUACAGCAAUCACAGAGUACCCAAACUGACAAACAUUUUGUCGCCCUGUACAAUGACACUCUACAUGGUUAUUCAUUAAAGCAGGAGUAGACAACCUUUGUCAUUCCAGAUGUUGUGGACUUCAUCUACCCUGAUAUAUAUAUUUUUUUCUUUUCAGCAUUAGUGCAGAUGUAGUCCACAUCAUGUAGAGAUCCAAAGGUUGCCUUCCUCUGUAUUAAAGUGUGAAUUUGUGGUCAAAACGGCUCGACUGAAAGAUUAUAUUAAUUUUUAUUUUUUUUUAUUUGCUAUUUUAGCUUAAAGGUGGAUAAUAAUUUUAAUUUCAUAUUAAGUCAACGUCAGUCAACGUCAGCUGAUUGCUCUAAGCCAAUCACCUAAGCCCUCUGCUGAGUGGAGGCAAAGAGCAGAGCCUGACAGACCUCAGGUACAAAGUCAAACCAUUCUAAAUUGAUUUGACUUCUUAUAAUGGGGUGGUGGUUGUUGAUGCCUGCAUAUGUUUUGUUUGUUGCAUUUUAGAAAGAGUUGUAAACAUCUUACAGAUACAACAGGAGUUGCUAUAGUGUGUGUAUAUAUAAUUUAUUUAUUCUAUUUCAGGUACGGCAUCUUUACAUUUGUGAUUUUCACAAAAACUUUAUACAAAGUGUCCGAAACAAAAGGAAGAGGAAAACUAGCGAUGAUGGAGGAGAUUCUCCAGAGCAUGACACAGAUGUUCCUGAGGUGAUUUACACAUUGAUAGGCCUAACAUUCUUCAGACAGUAACCAUUUUAA